AUGACCCCUCCACCAGGCCUUGACACUCAAGGACAAGUGUGCAAGCUGCGGAAAUCCCUUUAUGGACUCAAACAGGCCAUGUAUGUAGAUGAUGUUAUUUUAACAGGAAAUUCCCUAAAGGAUAUCGAGGAUGUCAAGGCUCUCUUAAACAGUGCUUUCAAGAUCAAAGAUCUAGGAAAUCUCAAAUACUUUCUUGGUUUUGAAGUGGCUAGGUCCAAAAAAGGCAUACACAUAUGCCAGCGCAAGUAUGCCUUGGAUAUACUAAGCCAAACUGGCAUGAUUGGCUACAAGCCUUGCUCAACACCUUACCUUAAAGACAACAAAGAUCUAUAUGAUGUUGUUGAAACUCUACCAGAUCCUACUGUCUAUAGACAACUUAUUGGAAAGAUUCUCUACCUCACUAACACUAGACCAAAUCUCUAUUUUUCUAUACACUUACUUAGCCAAUUUAUGCAGGCACCCACUGUCAAGCAUUAUGCUGCUGUUCAACAUGUUCUCAAAUACAUAAAAGCCAACCCCUCACAAGGAUUGUUCUUCCUUGCUGACAAUCAAAUCCAACUGAAAGCUUUCAGCGAUUCUGACUGGGGUACUUGUCUAGACACCAGAAAGUCCACCACUGGAUUCUGCAUCUUCCUAGGUUCCUCUCUUGUUUCCUGGAAAUCCAAGAAACAAGGAACUAUUUCUAGGUCUUCUACUGAGGCAGAGUAUCGAGCCCUUGCUACUACAACGUGUGAGGUUCAAUGGCUUAGCUACCUCCUACGUGAUCUCCAAAUUAAACCCACACAAACUGUUGUUAUGUACUGUGAUAAUAAAUUUGCACGCCACAUCGCCCACAACCAAAGCUUCCAUGAACGCAUUAAGCAUCUCGAUAUUGAUUGUCACGUUGUUCGUGAGAAGGUGCAAUCCAACCUCUUCUAUCUUCUUCCUAUCAGCUCUGAAGAACAGCUUGUUGAUGGCUUCACCAAGAUCCUCCAUCGUCGUCAGUUUCGCACUAUCACCUCCAAGCUUGGCCUGCUGAACAUCUAUAGUCCAGCUUGA